AUGGAAGACGGAGAACCUUCAAAUACAGGCAUGGAAGAUGGAGAAGCUUCAAAUAACCUUUCGGAAAAACUACCAAAACGAGUCCUCGGCGAUGGUUGCUACCCCGUUGGUGCUGGGUUGAACAUAUAUUCAAAGGCCAAUGUCAUUGGCCUCCUUGUCGAGGCGUUAAAGGGUACUGAAGAUCUUGAGAAGCUACUUCAUUCCCAGUUUGGGAAGUUGUUCCAUCUACCUGUUGCAAGAUGUUGCAACAGCGCCAAACUUGUCCAUGCCCUUCUAUCACGACAACUUGUGACCACGAAGAAACACGAGAUUUGGUUCCUCUUUGGUGGACAGCCUCUGAGAUAUUCGAUACGGGAGUUCAAGGAAAUCACUGGAUUGAAUUGCAAUCCCGAACCUGAUAGCACAGAAGAAGAAGACGAUGUGGGAAAAACAGGAAUCUGGAAAGACCUGUUCGGAAGAGCGAAGGCGAUGAACGUGUUUGAUGUGCUUGAAAUGCUAAAGGACCCGGAUCUACCCCGAUGGAAACGGCUUCCAUUGGCCCUAAUCGUUCUUGUCGACGGUGUUCUGUUUUGCAAUAGCAAAAAUCUGGCCCUCACCGAGAAAUACGUUGCGAUGCUGACCUUGGAUAGGUUCAUGCUGUAUCCAUGGGGGAGGGUAUCCUUUAACAAAACAGUAUCUCGUUUUCAAGCUCCGAAGGCAAUCACAGAUGACGAGAAAAGGGAGAAUCCUGUAACACGAUUGCGCCGUCAGCUUAAACAGAAAACCAGUACAUGCUAUGGAUUCCCUCUAUCACUACAACUCAUGGCCCUCCAAUCUAUACCAAUGUUGGUUUCCAAAAUUCCUCAACCUGAUAACUUGAAGACAUCCCGAAGGCUGUCAAAACGUUAUCACACUGUUGCAUCUUGGGGACAUACAUGCCGUGGAAUCCGACCCUCUGGUAAAUUAUUUUUGUCUGUGAAACAGAUGGUACUGGAUGAUGGUGACAAUGACCAACAGAAUGAAUUGCGUUGGGUAGAUGAGGUAGAGGAUGCCGAAGUUGCAUUCAUGCAGGAACUCAUGGCCGAGGGGUACAAAUUCACACCUUCGGAUUUUGCAGUGGCACCGGCCCCUAUCGUGGAUAUUAGUGAUGCAGAGGACGAGGUUACCAAUGAACAGGAACCUGAGCCAUCCACCAGACCGAAGAAGAAACAGAAAACUCAUCAAACUGAAAAACGUCCCAUGCAGAGGAAGAGAGGCAGGGGCAAGAACUCUUCUAAUAUAUCGGAAGAUGAAUCCCUUGAUAGUGGACCCAUUAAAGAGCUUAAAAGAUGGAUAGUACGUCAGAAUACUUUGCUCCUUCGUGACAUUAAGACCGAGUUGGACAAGAGAUUGGGCGUAUACCAAGAGGACGAAGAAGAUGACGAUGUACACCUGUCAAAAGAAGAUGGGGAACAAGAUGACGAAGGACAGAAUACAAAAAAAGAUGGUAAAAAACCGGAUGAAGAUGAAGACGAAGCCGAAGAUGGAGGUGAAGAAGGAGGUUAUGAUGGGGCACAGUCUAGCGUACGCCAUAAUGAUGGUGUACACCCCGAAGCUGGUGUACACCAGAAAGAAAGAGAUGAUGAAGAAUGGACAUUUACUUACUACGGCGGGGACCAUUAUUCUCCCAGGGACCAUGCGUACUUGAAGACUCCAGAAGCUCCGACGAUGACCCCUGAACCGGGACAAGCCAAUUCAGGAACAACUCGUCCACCUCCUUACUUCGUCAUUCCGGAUGAAGAUCCACCUACUGGCCUCAACGAGGUGGAUGGUGGUAGAACAAAUUUGGUGUCAGGCCCCUUAGUAGUCUACAAACCUCAGACUCCUCACCCAUUGAGCUACGCAUAUAAGAAACAUGAAGCGCAGACAGAUGCGCAGGAUGCAGAGGCUGUGGCUAAUGAGAACGACUCAAAUUUGGGGAAAGAUUACCAUACUGCGCCUGAGGAUGCAAGUGAUGCUUCGCAGAAGACCUCUUGUACUCCUAAACCCCACAAGAAGUUGAGGGAUCGUCUGGUGUGA